AUGCUCUCCAAAAAGCUGUUCCUCAUCGCCCUCAUGAGCGUUGCUCUUCUGGCCGGUGCCAUCGAUGCCACUGAAGUCCUUCACCAGAAGCGUGCAACCUGCCUUCCACUGGGAUCGAGCUGCAGCGUUAUCCCUGAUAUCAACCGUCCACGCUGCUGCACUUUCCUUGUCUGUGACCUCAAGAAUGCCAGAUGCAAAAGCGGUCUCGAGGGCUCUCCAGAGGAGGACUUUGAGAGGGAGACAGCGGAGGAGGCGAACUGGCGUAAUCGUGAUCAGUAA